CGUUCCGGCGGACAGAUGCGUGUCGAGCGGGGUGAGCGCGUUACUGCCGCGAACAUGUUGUUGUCGUGAGCGUGACAAGUCGGCGCUGCGCUACAGGGACGGAAGGAGGAAGACGAGCCAGGGUUUCAAGAGGCCGGUGAUGGAAGAGGCAGAGAGCGGGGGACUGGAGCCCGAGCCCCGGUGCGCCGAGCAGACUGAGCUGCUCUCAUUAAUAAUAAGCGGAGAGGAGGAAGCGACGCCAGAGGAGAGUGAGCUGGGAGAAGAGGAUGGUCUUGCCAACGGCCAUGGUGGGGAGGAGUCAGGGGCUGGCAUGGUCACGCCUGUCAGAUCUCCAGGUACCAGCUACUGGAGCAUCACGGAGGGACCUGACCACCCGCUGCUCCUUUCGCCGGCCCCUGGGCCCUCUGGACGAAAGCCCAGGGUCCAGAGGGCCUCGCGCCCAGGCCUCAGCCGGAUCCCAGGUCGGGACCACCGCCGCUACUACCACGAGUACUGGCGCAGUGAGUACCUGAUGGACUUUGACCCCCAGCGGCACGGGAUGAUCUGCAUGGUGUGCGGCAGCUCACUGGCCACUCUGAAGCUCAGCACCAUAAAAAGACACAUAAGACAGAAGCACCCAGACUCCCUGCUGUGGAGUGCUGCCGACAAGGAGGUUAUCCGCUCGGGCUGGGAGAGCCAUCUGAGCCUGGGGGGGAGUCAGAGAUCGUACAGCUCUGCUGCUGGACCUUUACCACAGGAAGAAGAGGAGCAGCUGGACUCAGGCCAACAUGCUGCUGAAGCCCUGGAUCCUGUUGCUCCCCAUGAGCCGCCACAACAAGCCCUCAGUCUGUCUCCCCAGUCUGAGGAGGUUGACGUCCAGCAGCCCCAGGAGCAGGAGGAGGAGGAUCUCUCCGGACCAACAGCUCAGACUUUGGAGCGCUACCUGAAUGACUCACUGCACGCUUGGUUCCGUCAGGAGUUCCUGAUGGAGUACGAAGCAGAGGCUGGCCGGCUGCUGUGCAUGGUGUGCGGAGGAGAGCUGCCCUCCCUUCACCUUGACCACAUCAAGAGCCAUGUGCUGGACACACACCCUAACUCCCUGGUCUUCAGCUCAGAGGAGAAGCACUGCAUCCUUCAGGCCUGGGCUCAGACUCAUGAAGAUUCAGAAAACUCAAUCAAAUCGGAGCCCAGCACCAAAGAAGAAGGCAUGGACCUAUUUGCUCAGGAUGCGGAGGCCAUCCAGAUCAACACUGACUUGUAUCCAGAAAGUGAUGGCACUUUAACUCAGGAAACAUGUCUCAUUGGUGAGGACGGCGGAGUAGGAGCUCCGCAACAGGGAUCCCAGCCCCUUCGUCAGCCCAGGAAGAGGCGUCUGCCUGGGGGCGACCCAUGGCGGCUCCGCCUUGACUACCUGGUGGCCUAUGGGCCUCAGGGCCAGGACACGUUCUGCAUGGUGUGUUCUCAGGUCCUGCACGAAACCAAGGUCAGCAGCUUCCGGCGCCACAUAAAGGAAUGUCACCCUGAGACCACGACCCUGAGCCGACAAGAAAGGGAAGCCAUGGCUGCUGCCUGGACCAAAGAUUAUUCUAGUGAAGACAUGCAAUCUCAAGAUGAAAUCAACCUUAGAGAAGCUACUACAGGAGAGACAUGUGACGACGCCUGCCCAGAUAUCACAACACCCAGUAAAACGGUGAAGAAAGAGGAAGGUGUGAGUGGGCGAAGAGGUAAAGCGAAGGACAGCAGCACCGCAGCCACGCCUUCUCGUCACAGCCAUUACCCCGGGAAGGACCAGAGGAGGAACUACCAGGUGCGCUGGCGGAUGGAAUACCUGAUGGACUACGACUGCAGGAGACACGGGCUGAUCUGCAUAGUGUGUGGAGCCACUCUGGCCACGUUGAAGGUCAGCACCAUCAAGAGGCACAUCCAGCAGGUACACCCCCACUCUCUGGACUACAGCCCGGAGGAGAAGCAGCAGGCUAUGCUGAGCUACAACCAGAUCGCCUUGCACUUCACCCACUCUGAUGACUGCUUCUCCUCCCAGGACCACGGCCACACAGAGCUGGCUCCCACUCCAGCACACUUUGGCACUUAAAAAGGGCUUCUGUCUGUUGCUCCUCAGAAGUCCCAUGUCCAGAAAAAGCCCUUCAAUUUCUUUGUUAAAGGGAAGUUCAGACCAAACAUGGUCUUACUGUCCUAUUCCUGCUCCUUGUCCUCUUUGACUUUGUUACCAAAUCUAUACAAUCAGGUGACUAGCUGUCACAAUGGUCAGAAAUAUGAGGGUAAGACCCAGGUUGAGAAACACAAGAAUUUCCCAUUACAUCUAAAUCUGAGAGUACUGUUGCAGGUGAAGUGGCAGAUUGCAACUGCUG